AUUGACAGCACCACACAUCAAAAACCGACAAUUAGGGAGGUGGAAGAUCUAAGGAACAGGGAUUGGUUGCGUGUCAGAUCUGCAAAAUCCUACAACAAACAAAGUCAUGGACAAGUCUGCCAAGUUACAGAAAGACUAUACACAGCAAAGCAACAUGGGAGACCUAAAGAUAAGACAUGGGUUUAUGAAUGCACAUGCUAACGUGUUUAAUGGGCACUUGUUGGGGGUAAAAGAGUUGAUUCAACAAUCUCUAGAGGCCAAAAAGUUCGCCUACUGCCCCUACAGCAAGUUUAGAGUUGGGGCGGCACUCCUGACACACGAUGGGACAGUUUUUACAGGGUGUAAUGUGGAAAAUGCUUGCUUCAAUUUGGGAAUCUGCGCAGAGAAAAUUGCCAUCUCAAAAGCCGUAUCAGAGGGCUACAGGGAUUUCAAAGCCAUUGCGAUUGCAAGUGAUAUGUGUGAGCACUUCAUUUCUCCUUGCGGUGGCUGCAGGCAGUUCAUGAGAGAGUUUGGUGUUAACUGGGACGUGUAUUUGUCCAAACCGGACGGUUCCUAUGUGGAGAUGAAAGUUGAGGAACUGCUACCAAUAUCUUUUGGUCCUGAGGACUUAAAACUGAAGAAAGUGAAUAAUAUUCAGAAUGAGUACUAAUGACUUAUGUUCUGGAACUAGGGAUUUAAACUAGGGUCAAUAAUGUAGGAUUUUCUUUACAAAUAUAAAAUAUUAUUUAUAUUUCUACUGAACUUGGUACAGUAGGUACAUUAAUGAUAUAGAAGGUAGUAAUGUUUGUAGAUGUUUUGAACAUUAUUAAUUAAAGAUAUCAAUGUUACCGGGAAAAUCUAGCUUUUUAUUUUGGGGGUAAAGAUUGAAAACGCCUUUUCCUGAAGGUUCUAAACUUUGAAAAGCCCAUACCUGAACAUGGUGCAGUGU